AUUCCCGCAUUAUUUGGCCUGAUCCUUGCUCUCUGAGGCUUUCAACCUCCUCUCAAUGCACCUGAAAUUACAGGUCUCUGCUGGAAUAUGUUCCACCCGCAGCUCAAUUUCUGGAUGAGACCAUGUGAGUUACGUUUCAAAAGACUAUAUAAAACUCUCCCAAAUCAAUUUUAAAGGAUUAUCUGGAGAUAAGCCCUUAUGUGUCUGUGAAUAAACUGAUCAUUUGGAAAGCUAAUGAGGCAGUGAUUAUCCCCUUUAAUGCUGAAGAUCAGGUGAAACUAUGAUAGCUUUUGCCUGACAGGACUUCUGGGAGGUCACUGCUAAAUAUGCAGGACUUAGCAGGACCUGAUAUGCCCUGGAGAUUCCCGAUCUUCAACGCCACCGGCCUCGCGUGGGGCUUGCUCUUCGGAUUACUCCUUGCGAGUACGUCAGCGAUGGCUUGUCCCGCAGGUUGUCACUGCAUCGAGAAGAACAGCCUGACCGUGGUCCAGUGCAUGUCCCGCAACCUGGACAGGAUCCCGUCGGACCUUCCGAGGGAUACGGUCGUCCUGCUUUUGGCGUCGAAUCGCAUCACCCACAUCCCCAACCAUGCCUUCAAAGAACUGCACUACCUUCAGGAGCUGGACCUGUCCAACAACGACAUCGAGACGGUGGACGUCGGAGCAUUCCAAGGCGUUUCCGACAGCCUCCUCGUUCUGGAUCUAUCCAACAACCACAUCCAAAGCGUCCCCAAAGAGGCGUUCGCUCGCCUGCGAGCGAAGAUCAGCCUCUCGAACAAUCCCUGGCACUGCGAGUGCACGCUGCAGGAGGUCCUGCGAGAGCUCCGGCUGGACCCCGAGACGGUGAACGAGGUCAUCUGCCACACGGCGGUGCAGGAGGAAUAUGCGGGCAAGCCGGUAAUCCAGGUGCUGGACUCAGGGAUCAACUUCUGCAACUUUCACCACAAGACCACCGAUGUAGCCAUGUUUGUCACCAUGUUCGGAUGGUUCACGAUGGUGAUUGCUUACGUCAUCUACUAUGUGAGACACAAUCAGGAGGAUGCCAGGAGGCACCUGGAGUACCUCAAGUCACUGCCCAGUAGCUCUCAGAUCAGCAAGGACUUUGACACCAUCAGCACGGUUCUCUAG